CAAUGUCCGGGUCAGAGAGCACGUGGGGGCCCCGCCGACGUCACUGAAGGGGUGUGGUCACCGCGAGAGCUCCACCGACCGCGAGGGGCCCGUCACCGCCGGCUCGUGCACGCUUGGCAGAGAUGUUUUCAUUUGAAGAAGCACAGUGGAAUGGUGUGUGCAGCUGCCGGAUGAACUAACUCCAAUGUAAACCAGAGAAAUCAUUAUGUUAUUCAAAGAACAACAGAGAUCCUGAAUUAACUGAAUUGCAUGUCAAUUUUCAAGUUUCAUAGUUCUUUAAAAAUAUGUCACAACAAAGAGGAGCAGCAUCUCAAAACUUGGAUGUAAAACCUAAAGUCAACCAAAUGAAAAGUGUUGACCGGAGGGACGGUUAUACGUGGAGUGGGAAGAAGCAUUCACAUCCUUCCAAAAUGGAGACUACUUUGGACAGAAAAGUGGGGGCUGUUACUGGGAUAUCAUCAACUGCUUCAAGAAGGGAGAGAAAAUUGGGCUGUCUUGGACAUGAGCCGAAUCCUGAAGAUUCAUGUUCACGCAAGCUCUCCAGUCGGUCACUGAAGCAAAAGAUUCAGGAUGCAGUAGCUCAGUGUUUUCCUCUUAAGGUCCAUAAUCAUAAAAGCUCCGCUUUAAGUUCUAAAAGUAAAAUCCACAUUAGUGAUCUGCUGGUUGAUAAUUGUCCAUUUCCUAAUGGUUCUGACCUGGCUCAAAAAUGGCACUUGAUUAAUUGGCAUACCAUUCCAUUUACUCAAAGCUGUGGAGUCUGGGAAGGCUCCGAGGUGGGAUUUGAUGAACACGAGUUAGAAGAAGGAUCCAAAAUGAGUAUUGAACUAGAGGCAGACCCUCCAGAUGCACAAAUUGUCUCACUUGAAGUGAUUUCUCAGACUAAUACUUUACAUAAACAGAACUCAGAAUUGGAGCAAAGAACAAAUGAAUUAGCAUGUGAAAAUAGCACAACAUUUCCUUUGAACGAUUCAGACUCUGAAGAGGAGCUGAUGGCUCUUUUCACAGAUUCUGAAAAUCAGAAUACUAUCAAACUGGAUUUUGAGAAUAAUUGCAGUUGGCUAGCACCCUUUUACAAACGUCAUGCCGAGUUUGGCUAUAUCUACCGCUUAGUUCCAGAUCUAUUUUGGAUCAGUAAUAAUCCGUGUUACUGGGGUGUAAUGGAUAGGUAUGGAGCUGAGGCUCUUUUAGAAGGUAAACCAGAAGGUACAUAUUUGCUCAGAGACUCUGCUCAAGAGGACUAUCUCUUCUCUGUCAGUUUUAGACGUUACAGCCGCUCUCUCCAUGCUAGAAUUGAACAGUGGAAUCAUAACUUCAGCUUUGAUGCCCAUGAUCCUUGUGUUUUUCAUGCACCAAGUGUAACUGGCCUUUUGGAACAUUAUAGGGACCCAAAUUCUUGUAUGUUCUUUGAACCAUUGUUGUCACUUCCAUUGAACAGGACUUUUCCAUUUUCACUUCAGCGCCUUUGCAGAGCUGUAAUUUGCAGCUCUACAACCUAUGAAGGAAUUGAUGCUCUUCCUGUGCCACCACCAUUGAAAGCCUACUUGAAGGAAUACCAUUAUAAACAAAAAAUAAGAGUGCUGAAGAUCAGUACACAACAAUGGUGUGGUGGACUGAAAGGGCGAUCAGUAAGUUAAGAGCUGCAAGGAAAGUGAGAUUCUUAAAGACCACCAGGAACAUUUCUACACCAUACAGCAAGUUAAAUAUUUGUCUUAAACAGACAUUUUGUUACGUUAGAGUUUUUGUUUGAAGUCUGCUAACUUUCAAACAUUAUUUUCUACUUUAUUUGGGUAUUCCAGAUUAAUUUUCUUCCUUAUAUUCAUCAGUGCAAUUAAACCAAUACAAUUUUUCCAAUGGGAUGAAUCAUUUGUGCAUGUUAUCUGUAGGUUGUGACACUUAUUUAACCACAAAGCACUCUUACAAUGUGUUGAAGUGGAUUUUAAAGACUGAAAGAAUUCAGUUCUGAAGCCAAGAUCUUUAAUAUAAAACAUUUCACAUGUAUCUUGCAAUUUUAUUUGCACUUUUUUGUACUCUUUCAAAGAUGUUUGUUAACCUUUAAUUUUCUAAGUUAUAUGAAGCUUUAAGUAUGUAACAUUAAUUGUUGCAAUGUGUGUUUUAAAAUUAAUUUUACAUGAGUAAAAUCUCAAACAGAAAUAUUAGUCUUUGACAUUUGUAUUACAUAAUGUUACAAAUUAAAAGCGUAAUGUCAGAGUCCCUAAUAUUGCCAACAAUUCAAAUAUCCAUUAUGUACUGAAACUCGAAUAGAUUUUGCAUGACACAACUUGUAUCACACUAUUUUUUUUAAAUGCAGAAAAUGCUAGAAACAGAUCACAGUUCAUUGAGCAUCUGUUGAAAAAAAAAUCAGGUUGACUUUUGGAUACAGACACAAUUGUAAAAUGGAUAUCACACGCGUAUAUUGAAAUCCAUUUUCGCAGUUUUAUCUGUUCACUUAAUCUUUUAACAUCUUUGUAAUUUUAUGCUGCUGUCUACUCUAUUAUAAUGCCAUCUAUCUUUUGUGUCAUCAGUAAAAUGAUUACAGAAUGUAACUUUAUCCCAUCAUUAAUUAAUAUGGUAAACAGUUGAUAAUUACCAUAAAAAGAGUCACACAGGUGAACCUUUCGUUUAGAUGUAGAUUCCCAAUUUUUAUAUCAUGUGUUUCAAAACUGUUAUAAAGUAUACAAUUGAUGAUAGCUGUUUUUUUUUAACACGGCACAUUUGUAAGGUACAAGAUCUUCCAUAUAUAAAUGAAUCAAAAACACAGAAUGACAUCCCCACAAUCUUUUGAGUAAGAAUAAAGCAGAAGCUGAUCACAGAAGUUGUUAGGUAAAAUGACAAAUAUUUGAUUCAUCAAAGUAUUUUAAUUGUGCCUGCGUUACUAUUCUUCUUCAACCCUAAUACCAAAGUGGUACAGGGGACCAAAUUGUAAAGGAUGGAAAUUGGUGAUGCAGGAGCAGGUUGUGAAAUUCACAAAGCACAGAUGGGGGUGGCAUAGUGCUUGGGGUAAAAGAUUGAAAGAGUAUGGGGAGAAAGCAGGAA